GAAGGGGAGGAGCUGGGGGAGAGGCCUCCUCGGCCGCCGCCGCCUCUGCCGCCCGGGCGCGUUCUCCUCUCGCGGUUCGGGCUCCCCGGGCGCUCCCUCCGCCUCCCGGUUGCUGUCCGGCUCGGGUCCCUCCCUGAGGCGCGGGCUCGGGCGUCCGCGGCUGACGAGGCCGGCCCGGGCCCCCCGCCUCUCUCGGCGCGCGGAGCCGGCAAUGGAGCUCUUCCAAGCCAAGGACCACUACAUCCUGCAGCAGGGCGAGCGCGCGCUGUGGUGCAGCCGCCGGGACGGCGGCCUCCAGCUCCGACCUGCUACUGAUCUACUUCUUGCCUGGAAUCCUGUUUGUUUGGGGUUGGUAGAAGGUGUUAUUGGAAAAAUUCAACUCCAUUCAGAUCUUCCCUGGUGGCUCAUUCUAAUUCGACAGAAAGCAUUGGUGGGCAAACUCCCAGGGGAACAUGAGGUCUGCAAAGUCACCAAGAUUGCUGUGUUGUCACUGUCUGAAAUGGAACCUCAGGAUCUUGAGCUUGAGCUCUGUAAGAAGCAUCAUUUUGGGAUUAACAAGCCAGAGAAGAUUAUACCAUCUCCUGAUGACUCUAAGUUUCUACUGAAGACCUUAACGCAUAUUAAAUCCAAUGUGUCUGCUCCUAAUAAAAAGAAAGUGAAGGAAAGUAAAGAGAAGGAGAAGUUGGAGAGGAGACUACUUGAGGAGCUGUUGAAGAUGUUCAUGGACUCAGAGUCCUUUUACUACAGCCUCACCUACGACCUGACUAACUCGGUGCAGAGGCAGAGUGCCGGGAAGGCGGCUGGCCGUGCCCUCUGGCAGAAGGUUGAUGACCGAUUUUUUUGGAAUAAAUAUAUGAUACGAGAUCUUACUGAGAUUGGUACCCCGGAUGUGGACUUUUGGAUUAUCCCCAUCAUCCAAGGUUUUGUGCAGAUUGAAGAGCUUGUGGUUAAUUAUAAUGAAUCAUCUGAUGAUGAGAAAAGCAGUCCGGAGACCCCCCCGCAGGAGUCCACCUGCGUGGAUGACAUUCACCCUCGGUUUCUCGUGGCGCUCAUCUCCCGCCGCAGCAGGCACAGAGCAGGAAUGCGCUAUAAACGCAGAGGAGUGGAUAAGAACGGGAAUGUCGCUAAUUACGUGGAGACGGAGCAGUUGAUUCAUGUGCAUAACCACACCCUGUCCUUCAUCCAGACCCGAGGCUCCGUGCCCGUGUUUUGGAGCCAGGUCGGGUAUCGGUACAACCCCCGGCCUCGCCUGGACAGAAGUGAGAAGGAAACUGUUGCCUAUUUCUGUGCCCAUUUCGAAGAACAACUGAAAAUUUACAAAAAACAGGUCAUCAUUAACUUGGUAGACCAGGCAGGAAGAGAGAAAAUCAUCGGUGACGCUUAUCUGAAGCAGGUGCUGCUCUUCAACAGCUCACAGCUCACUUACGUCUCCUUUGACUUCCACGAGCACUGCCGAGGAAUGAAGUUUGAGAACGUUCAAACACUAACAGAUGCCAUUUAUGACAUUAUUCUUGACAUGAAGUGGUGUUGGGUUGAUCAAGCUGGGGUAAUCUGUAAACAAGAAGGGAUUUUCCGCGUCAAUUGCAUGGACUGCCUGGAUCGCACCAACGUGGUCCAAGCCGCCAUCGCACGCGUGGUCAUGGAACAGCAGCUGAAAAAAUUAGGCGUGAUGCCCCCAGAGCAGCCACUGCCCAUGAAGUGUAAUCGGAUCUACCAGAUAAUGUGGGCUAACAAUGGCGACUCCAUCAGCAGGCAGUACGCGGGGACGGCGGCUCUGAAGGGUGACUUUACAAGGACGGGAGAAAGGAAGUUAGCAGGAGUUAUGAAAGAUGGGGUUAACUCGGCGAAUAGGUAUUACCUCAACCGAUUUAAGGAUGCUUAUAGGCAAGCUGUUAUAGAUUUGAUGCAAGGCAUUCCAGUGACAGAAGAUCUGUAUUCCAUAUUUAACAAGGAGAAAGAGCAUGAAGCUCUGCAUAAGGAGACUCAGAGAAGCCACCAGGAACUGAUUAGCCAGCUCUUACAGAGUUACAUGAAGUUACUCCUGCCCGAGGAGGAGAAGUUCCAUGGGGGCUGGGCCCUCAUUGACUGUGACCCCAGCCUCAUUGAUGCUACUCACAGAGAUGUGGAUGUGCUGUUACUGCUUUCUAACUCUGCCUACUACGUGGCCUAUUAUGAUGAUGAAGUUGAUAAAGUCAACCAGUAUCAACGGUUAAGCCUAGAAGACCUGGAAAAAAUAGAAAUAGGUCCUGAACCCACGCUUUUUGGUAAGCCCAAGUUCUCCUGCAUGCGAUUGCACUACAGGUAUAAAGAAGUGAGUGGUUAUUUCCACACACUGCGAGCUGUCAUGCGCAACCCAGAAGAGGAUGGAAAAGAUACACUUCAGUGCAUCGCGGAGAUGCUGCAGAUCACCAAGCAGGCCAUGGGGCUGGAUGUGCCCAUCGUUGAGAAGAAACUGGAGAGGAAAAGCAGUAAGCCUCACGAAGACAUCAUUGGGAUCAGAUCUCAAAACCAAGGCUCUCUGGCCCAGGGAAAGAAUUUCUUAAUGAGCAAAUUUUCAUCUCUAAACCAAAAAGUGAAGCAGACCAAAUCUAACGUGAAUAUCGGCAACCUGCGAAAGCUAGGAAACUUCACGAAACCGGAAAUGAAAGUUAACUUCCUAAAACCAAACCUAAAGGUCAAUCUUUGGAAGUCAGAUAGCAGCCUUGAGACCAUGGAGACCACGGGCGCGGUGGACAAGAAGGUGCAGGCGGAGUCUGACGGGGACGUGUCUUCAGACAACGACUCGUACCACUCCGACGAGUUCCUGACCAACGCCUCGCCUGAUGGAGACAGGCAGCUGGCUAACUCCUUGGAGAGCGUCGGCCCCGGGGACUACGUUCUUCCUAGCUGUGGGAUUAUUGCCUCGGUACCGCGCUUAGGCAGCCGGUCCCAGUCUGUCAGUGGCUCUGACGUCAGCAUUCACGCCCCCUCGGAGAUGACUGGCGCUCAUGGAAGUGGGUUUGGAAGAGGCCAGGAGUCUCCUCCGAAGAGAAGUCCUUCUGCCGACAGCAUCCACACGCUGACUGUGGAUGUUUACUGCCACAGGUUUGUGCAGGACGCACGAAGCAAAGCGGCCCCGCUCUCAGAGGCCAGCCCCACGCGCCAGCAGGCUAGCGAGGAGGGCAAUCCGGUGACCGACCAAGUUUCGAAGGAAGAAACGCAGCCAGGACCCACGGACCAGAUGCCUUCGCGGCCCUCCCAGUUAAAUGUGGCGCUUCCUGCCGCAGACUCGCAGUUUCUGUCGGUAGAACCAGUGCAUUCAGUUUUAUCUCAGAAGACCCCCAGCUCCUGUUCCGGUGUGCUUGAACUUGAGACUGGGCUUCACGUAACCCCUUCCCCUUCAGAGAGCAGUAGCAGCAGAGCAGUCUCUCCCUUUGCAAAGAUUCGAAGUUCCAUGGUCCAAGUUGCCAGUUUCACCCAAGCUGGACUCACCCACGGGAUAAACUUUGCGGUGGCCAAAGUUCAGAAGAGUCCCGCCGAGCCCGAGGUGGCUGCUGAAGUCCAGCAGAGUGAACUGAGAAGUAUGUUCACGCAGUGCCAGACGCGGAUAAUUCAGAUCUAGGGCGUGGCCACCGCGGCUGGCUGUGGCUUUUAUUUAUGCUUGAAAAGUAAUUCUCACUUAGUAGGGAAUCUUAACUUGUACUGUCUAACAAGUCAAGGGGUCACAAAUUAUGUUUAUUGGGAAGUUUUAAAAGGAGUCUGGACAUGAGCAGAUCUCCAGAUCCGACAGCCAGGCCUAGAGGUGUGCGUCUCCCCACGCCGUGUAGACCCGAGCAACGGUACACCACAGAGCUGCUCAUCCAAGGGCAGUUCAGGAAGGCGCUUCGGGACAGAACCUGGAACUUCGGUGGAGUGGGUGGAGCAUAUCAGGUGAAUGGACAAAGGAUGGACACGUUUAGGGGACUAGUGCUUUCUAGAAUUGUUAGUUCAUUCCUGUGUGUUAACCUCUACAAGGUAAAUUAUACAGUUUUUGGUAACUCUAAAAAGUGUUACUCAUCAGGAGAAGCAUUUGAGUAUUAAGAUUGUUUACUUUUGAUGAUUUAGCGGUUCCUUAUGAAGUUAAUUGAGGGUUACUGAUGCUAUAAGGAAGAAAUGUAUUCUUGUUUUUUCCCAUAUUCUACUUGAACAAAUUUUAAAUAUCCAGCCACCUACAUACUCCCAGCCUGGCAGCGUUAAGACUUGCCCAACAGAGGGUAACCCCGACGGCUGAGCUGUGACCAGCACCUGCGGGGUUUCACCUUGGGAAUGUCGCACUGGAUGUGCAGAGCACUGGAAACCGAGGAAGUCUUCAUUUCCUUUUUCUGCACAGGUGGAGGGACCCUCCUCAACAUUUUAGGUAGGCUAUCAGAACUAGUAAAAAUUCAGUUUAUGGCGGUUUUACGACUGCAGUCCUAACCAUGUGGGACCAGAGCCUCUAACCCGUUACACAGGAAGACGGUGCACGGCCUAGCACAGUAGCAGUGUGUGUCCUCGGAGCCUUAUCUGUUGACGUGAUUCUCAGCUGAACAUUCUGUCUGUUGGGACUUUGUGCAUUCCACUUUUGUUAUUUAUUAGUGUGCUCUUUUUUUCAAGUGUCAAAUCUUGUGACUAUUAAAAUAAAGUACCAUUGUAAUUUAAUGUGACAAAAGUGUGAGGAGUCUUCAGACAAAGAAUUUGCUUUAUAAUCGGAUACUUGAUCUAAGUGUUUCCAAAUACUCCUCUGAAGUGUUCUCAUGGCUUUAACAGUGAUGAAGUGGGUCACAGACCAUAUUUUAAAACCCAAACGUUGGCCGGGCGCCGCGACUCACUAGGCUAAUCCUCUGCCUUGCGGUGCUGGCACACCGGGUUCUAGUCCCAGUCGGGGCGCCGGAUUCUGUCCCGGUUGCCCCUCUUCCAGGCCAGCUCUCUGCUGUGGCCAGGGAGUGCAGUGGAGGAUGGCCCAGGUGCUUGGGCCCUGCACCCCAUGGGAGACCAGGAGAAGCACCUGGCUCCUGCCAUCGGAUCAGUGCGGUGCGCCGGCUGCAGCGCGCCGGCCGUGGCGGCCAUUGGAGGGUGAACCAACGGCAAAAGGAAGACCUUUCUCUCUCUCUCUCACUGUCCACUCUGCCUGUCAAAAAACAAACAAACAAAAAAACCCCAAACGUUGACACCCGAAUGCUUUAUUCUGCUCUAACCAGUAUUAAGACCCGGAAGAAAAACGUCCCACAACAUAAACGAGGACAACAGGCCUUGUAAGCUCCGCGGAGUGAUUGGAAGGCACCGCUUGCUGCCAGUUCUCAGUCACGGAAGCAGGAUUGCCGGCUUCCCUUAGAGCAGCAGAGUCCACGUGUGCGCUGGGAGGAGGCCGCUUCUGGAUCAGAGUUAGUCUGCGUGGUGGGCCUGGAGUCAUGAUGCCAUCCCGGUGCAGUGUGGGCUGAGCGCCUGCCUGCUGCUGGCCUGCACACGGGCACCAGCACAAGCCUCUGCCACUGCACUUCUGAUCCAGCUCCUGCUAAGGCGCCUGGGAAAGCAGCAGUGGAUAGCUCAAUUGCUCGGGCCCCUGUACCCACAUGAGACCAGGACGAAGCUCCUGGCCCAGCCUUGGCCAUUGCGGCCAUUUGGAGAGUGGAUAGAAGAUCUCUCUAUAUAUAACUGCCUUUCAAAUAAAUGUCUUUAAAUAAAAAAGCCAACGCCAUCCGGUCCCCCGUGCUCCCCUCCCCCUCUUAGGUUUUCCUCUGCAGCCCGUCCACCCAGCAGACAAGUUCUUUGCCAUACUGAUCGCAUGGAUGCUGAAUUUUAGAAUUCAUGACAGCGCAAGGUACUGGUAAUUUGGGAAGUUUUAUUUAUUGGACAGAGGGUUCUCUUAAAGGAACUUUUCUGCAAGACCAAGCAAAUUGUGUAUUUCUCUUUGGUAAAUUACAGUUUACAUUGGCACAAUUAGACUCACGGUAACUUGUCUACUUUGUUCUAGGACAAAGAAAAUGUAUUAUCACAAAUCCAGUGGGCACUUUAUUUCUAAAAGUUUAAGGAAGGUCUAGUCUACCAGUUAUAAAAAUGAAAACCAGUUAGAAUUCUAAUAUAAACAUUAUUUACAUUAGUUUAUAAAAAUAGAUUUGUCUUUAAGAAAAGUUGAACUAUGAAUUUUUACUUCCCUUCACCAGGCGUUCAGAUCCCUUGAAUUUUCAAGGCUGACUCCAUUUCCGUGGUUCACAAUGUCAACUUAGGCCUCACAGAAAAAAUGUAAGGGAUCACUGGAUCUGGUUCCAACUAGGUAAGUUACUGACUAAACGGAAGUCCUCGUGUACCACUGACAGCUUUAGAAAAGCAACAUCCUAAGCCUCGGACUCUUGUCGCAUAGUCACACUGCACAGUGUAUCAGUUUGCUCUCCAGCUACCGGAAAAAUUUUUGUUCCUAUAAAAGUUUGAGUAUUCGAGUUGUUAGGUGGUCUCCGGAAAACUACUUGUAGUUUUCUCAGGCCUUUGCCGGAACAGCAGACGUUAGUUUGAUCUAAUGCAUUUGAAAGUAACUGAUAAACCUAAAAAGCUCAAACCUCAGGGAAUUGCGAUUUAUAAUCUUUUUCUCCCCGAAGUUUACUAUUUUGCUUAUUUCAUAUUUGGGCACAACUGCGGGGCAGCAGUCCCUCAGGUGAGUCCUGUCAGGGGUUCUCAAUCCACUGGGAUCCAAUGAGAACAGUGAGGACAGGUGCUUUUCAAAACACUAAAUUUAUUCCACUGAAAGGACUCUGAGAUUAUCCUUUUAUGAAAAAAAAAAAAAGUGAUAAUACAGUGAUUUAUUUCUGAUUACUUGGCAAAAUAAA